AUGUUGGCAAUAGAAGAUGUUUUAUGUGAACUCCAAAGAGAUGACGUGAAUGAGCUAGGGUUGCCACCAGGUUUCAGGUUCCACCCCACGGAUGAGGAGCUUAUUACUUUCUACCUGGCUUCAAAGGUCUUCAAUGGAAGUUUCUGUAACCUGGGCAUUCCUGAAGUUGACCUCAACAGAUGUGAACCAUGGGAACUUCCAGAAUUUGCAAAAAUGGGAGAAAGGGAGUGGUAUUUCUUCAACUUGCGAGACAGGAAGUACCCAACUGGUUUAAGAACAAACAGAGCAACCGGUGCUGGAUACUGGAAAGCAACAGGAAAAGAUAGAGCGAUACACAGUAGUACUUCAAGUACUGGUGCACUUCUUGGAAUGAAGAAAACCCUAGUUUUCUACAGGGGUAGAGCCCCUCGGGGUCAGAAGACCAAGUGGAUCAUGCAUGAAUACCGCCUUCUCACUGACUUUUCCUCCUCUCACACGUGCAAAGAGGAAUGGGUGAUUUGCAGAAUUUACCACAAGGUGGGGGAGAAGAAAAAUAAUCAAUUAAAUGAAACACCAAGAACACAAGGUCCAAUGCAUGCUCUCCAAAACCAGAACCUUUUUCUGACUCAGAACCAAGAAAGCAACUUGAAAUCCAUGAUAAAUCCAGCGGUUUCCCACUGCAGUGAUCUCUUUUCAUCCGCAAAUAUUAAUUACCGACCCAUAUCCCUAGUACCACCCACUGAAAACGCCAUCACUGCCACCGACAGAGGCGGAGAAUUCAAGGAACUAAUGAGCAAUUCUGUUACCAAACAAUUCACAACCGAGGCUAGAUUUGAUCCCCAUAGCCUUAGCUGGGCAGAAAAGAUUCAUGAAAGCACCGCCGUCGCCGUGUAUCAGAAUCCCUUGUUAUUUGGAAUGGAUGGUGGUGGAAUAGGUUUCACAUCGGCGCCGGCAGCUAGUGAUUACUGCCAUUCAGUUGCUUUUAACAGAGCCGGAUUUGAAAUAGUGGUAGAUCAUCCUAUUGAAGAGACUGCAGAUUCUUGGCCUCUGGAUCUUUAA